UUUUUGUUUUCCUCGUGCACGCGCGCGUGGUCCUUCAGGUCGGCGAUUUUCUCGCGUGGUUUUUAUUCUGUCCCCUCGUUCACAGCUCGUGUCCUGUUUUCCCUGGCGCGGCCAAAAGCGGUCCUUAUUUACCCCUCUUUCGCGAGUACAUAACCCCGGUGCGCAAGUAUUGGUUCCGUCGCGAACCCGGCAAGGAUCUCCGAUCAGGACUCGCGGUGGUGUGUGCGUGUCAACCCGGCGACGACGUCCGCUCUUACGCAGCACAGAUUCACGGCUGCGGCAAUCGUUGUCAAGUCCCACUGGAAGCCGGACGCGAAAUUGUUUCUGGGAGUCGCGCGCGCUUCAAAGCAGUUGUUGGUUGCUGAUUGUGAGUGUGGUGGAGUGGAGUUUUCCCGGUGGUCAUCCCGGAUUGGAUUAGGAGGAAUCACGGUGAAGGACACCGAAACGGUUCCGGACUGACUGGAAGUGACGAAUGUUGGAUUAAAAGUGAAAUUUAAAAGUUUGAAACACUUCCUGGGACAAGUACUGUCCUCACGGGCUCCUUAGUGUUGGUGUUGUGGCCAAGUCCCUAAAGAGGACACUUUCUCAAGAAGGUGCAACCGGCGCAAGUAGAAGCAUUGUAAACAAAAACGCAACAGCGAGCUGUUCGUGCAAAGAUUCUUAAGAAUCUCCAACCGAAGAUCAUCAAAAUCAGCCAAAAUGGUACAGGCCCUCGAUGAGUACGAUAUCCAGCCGGAUCUGCCCCAGGCCCUGCGACUGCUGGACGAGAUGAACAGCAACUUCCAGCAGGUCUCGGACGUGGUCGGGAACAUGCUGCAGCGCGUCAAAACCGGCGAGCUGUCCACCGAGUACGGGCUGAACUUCCUCGAGAUCAAGUACCACAUGCUGCUCAACUAUCUGAUCAACCUGACGUACGUGGUGCUGCGAAAGUGUUCCGGCCACAAAAUCGAAAACGACCCAUCGAUCGACCGACUCAUCGAGAUCCGCACCGUGCUCGAGAAGGUCCGCCCGAUCGACUACAAACUGCGCUACCAAAUCGACAAACUCGUCAAAACAGCCGUCACGGGCACCAGCACCGCUGACGAUCCGACCUCCUUCAAGGCCAACCCCGCCAAUCUGAUGUCACAGCUGCCCGAGUCGGCCGCCAAGGAUCCCAACUCCGACGACGACGAGGACGGUGCCGAGUCGGACGAUUCGGCGAAAAUCAUGGCGAAACUGCGCAAAGCCAAGGCCGGAGGCCGGCCCGGAAAGCGCACGGAACUGACGGCGGACGAAGUGGAAGCCAGCAGUGAGCUGUACGUGCCCCCGAAGCACAUGGCCGUACCGUACGAGGAGGAUUCCAAGAUGGAACGGGCGAGGAAGCAGGCGGAACGGGCUCGCAAGCGGGCGUUGGGGUCGUCGAUGAUUCAAGAGCUGAAGGAAGAGUAUCUGGACACACCGCUGGAGAUUUCGUCCAGCUCGCGGGCGCUGCAGAAGUUGUCGCGGAAGGAGCGCGAACGGGAAGAGUACGAGGAGAAGUACAUGAUGCGGCUGCCGGUGACGAAGGCGGACAAGCACCGGAGUCGGAAGCUGGAGACGUUGGGCACUCUGGGCGACGAGCUGACGAGCUUCGGUGACAUUAGCGCGCUCGACGGCGGUGACGACGACAACGACGGGCUUCCGUCGUCCGCUGGGAAAAAAUCCGGCGGAGGCGGUAAAAAGCGCAAAGCUUUGGGCGGUAAAAAGCACGCGGGUAAGAAGCGACGGUUCCGUUAAGCGGAUUUUUUUCCGGUAUGUUUGAUUUUGAUUUGAUUUUUUUUCCUUCACGAUUGAGAAAGGGGCUUAAGUUGAUUUGAAUAAAUGUUAGAGUGUUUGGUUUAUUGGAAAUUUUCCGUUUCGAAUUACAGCUAAGAAGUUUAUUUCAAGUUUUGAUUUUUAUCAAAUGUUUUUCGUCCCCUGAAAACAAAUGGUUAUCAUAAAACAAGCUAAGUUUAAGAGAAGAGAAAGUAAAUAAAAUCACAUAGAGCGAUAAUGAAAUUAAAUCUUACAACAAGAGUUACUGUUGCUGAAAUAUGAAAUAUUAAUUUUAAAUAACAAGAAAAAUACACUCACCAAGAGCCUUUAUGAUAUAUUUAUACGAGAAUAUUUUCACGUUUCUUCCAAAUGAAAAGAACACGCGGGAGAUCUUGGGUGGGAACUUUUUCGCGAUCGAUCUUUUUUGAGACUGGUUCUUUCGCUUUGAAAUCACUCACAAAUACAAGCACUUGCAGUCACACAAAUGAACGUAUAGAUACAGAGAGAGUACUACUGUAAUAGAACUAUUACAAAAAAAAACACAAACCGAAACAGUUGUUGCCUUUUUAACGAUAGUGAAUAAUAUUGGAUUAGUUUUUUCUUAAAUGUUGACCAGUUUUGUGUUUUUAACUAUAACACGAAGAAGCAUAAUCAGCUGCAAUUAAAACAGGACAUUCUCGGCGAAAGAGACGCGACUCAAAGUUAUGCGGGCGUAAAAGUUCCUCCCCCUUAAAAAUGUUCUCCCAACUGGUGUUAGUUUCACAAACUAACGCAUAAAACAACAAAACGGAAACACAGCAUUAUUUUGUACAACCAAAUAAACAAUAGUGCGAGGGCGCGCAGAGGCGACGGAAUACAGUUUACAAACAAAAACAGAAUCAAACACAUUUUUUAAGAGAAGCAAAUAUCCUAAUACAAAUCCUAGCAGAGUUACUACAGUCUUACAGAAAGAAUAAGAAAUAAUACAAAACACAAAAAAAUAGAACGUCCAAAAUACACGAAUAAAAAGCUAAAUCAGGCUGCAAUCACAAUAAAACUCGUGAGAAAAAGGUGGUGAAACAGUUAAAGUUCACUAACAACUAGUUGUUACUUGUUCCCCUAUUGAUUUACGUUUGAUUUUUUUCUACUAGCAUUAUUUAAGUUUCUGUUUUUCAAUAAAUUUCUCUUUUAGUUGGUAGCCCUUU